GAGCGAGAGAGAGAGAGGCCCGGAGCAGUCGCCGGCGGCGGCCACCAGCGGCGCGGAGAUGAAGGAGAAGGGCGGGUCCAGGGCGGCGGUGGACGAGCGGUACGCGCAGUGGAAGUCGCUCAUCCCCGUCCUCUACGACUGGUUCGCCAACCACAACCUCGUCUGGCCCUCCCUCUCCUGCCGGUGGGGUCCUCAGUUCGAGCAGGCUACCUACAAGAACCGUCAGCGCCUUUACCUGUCAGAGCAGACCGAUGGAAGUGUCCCUAACACCCUGGUCAUUGCAAACUGUGAAGUUGUCAAGCCACGGGUUGCAGCUGCAGAACACAUCUCACAGUUCAAUGAGGAAGCACGAUCACCUUUUGUAAAGAAGUACAAGACUAUCAUUCAUCCUGGAGAGGUUAACCGCAUCAGGGAGCUUCCACAGGACAGCAGGAUCAUCGCCACUCAUACGGACAGUCCAGAUGUGCUUAUUUGGGAUGUUGAGGCUCAGCCAAAUAGACAUGCCGUCUUAGGAGCAACUGAUUCUCGCCCUGAUUUGAUAUUAAGAGGACACGAGGAAAAUGCUGAGUUUGCCCUUGCCAUGUGUCCAGCGGAACCAUAUGUGCUCUCAGGAGGAAAGGACAAGUCAGUGGUCUGGUGGAGCAUCCAAGAUCACAUAUCUGGACUUGGAGAUUCUUCAAAAAGUGAGACUUCCCCAGGGGCAUCAGGCAGCAAGCAUAGUAAAACUGCAAACGAAAAGGAUAGUCCUAAAGUUGAUCCUCGAGGUGUAUUCCACGGGCAUGAUAGCACUGUUGAAGAUGUUCAGUUCUGCCCUUCAAGUGCACAGGAGUUCUGUAGUGUGGGUGAUGAUGCUUGUCUUAUUCUUUGGGAUGCUCGGACUGGUACCAGCCCAGCUGUUAAGGUUGAGAAAGCUCAUGGUGGAGAUGUUCAUUGUGUCGAUUGGAAUCUCCAUGAUGUUAAUUAUAUCUUAACUGGUUCUGCUGAUAACUCAGUCCGUAUGUGGGACCGCCGAAAUUUGGGUCCUGGAGGAGGAGCUGGUUCUCCAAUUCACAAAUUCGAGGGCCAUAAAGCUGCUGUGCUUUGUGUUCAGUGGUCUCCUGACAAAGCAUCUGUGUUUGGAAGCUCUGCAGAAGAUGGUUUCUUAAAUGUGUGGGAUCACGACAAGGUUGGGAAGAAGAAAAAUCCCAAUUCACCUGGCGGACUUUUCUUCCAACAUGCAGGUCAUAGGGACAAGAUUGUAGACUUCCACUGGAACUCAUCAGAUCCUUGGACCAUUGUGAGUGUUUCUGAUGAUGGCGAGAGCACUGGUGGAGGUGGAACUUUGCAGAUAUGGCGUAUGAGUGAUCUGAUCUACCGCCCGGAAGAAGAGGUUCUUUCAGAGCUGGAGAACUUCAAGUCUCACUUGGCCAGCUGCACUCCAAGGGCUUGAAUUAUGUAAUUUGUGCAACCCAAUCCUGUGGUAGCUCUAGGUAUCUUAGUUAUCUGUCCAUUUAGAACAUUGGUUCUGUCGUCUGAUGUUAAACCUAGACUUGUACCCUUAAGGUGCUUGUGAGCUUAUUUAACUUUCUGUGUGACUCAAAUCUCUAUGCUCUGCAAACACAGUAGAGCUGUAUUUCUCGGUAGCCAGACUAUUGGUGUAUCGGGAAACAUUGUACUGUUAGCUUCUAGUUGGACCUAUUGAGAUUGCUUGUGAUGAAUUUGCGUUGAUGAAUUUGGUCAGUUUAUUCUCGACUGGUGUGGCUUCUUCAUGAUGUCA